AUGGCUGUGAAGGAGGGUUGGUUGCUGAAGAGAGGUCCAGCAGUGGAUAGUGCUUGGAGUCCACAGUGGUGUGUCUUGGACCAGAAUGGCUUCAAAUGUUUCGCUGAUAGUGACCAGCAGGUCGUGACUUGCGAACUCGCUUUGGGACCAGGUUCCCGGGCUUGCAGGUUCGCCAACAUCAGGGCACCAGGAGACUCACCAAAGCAUCGGAAGGAGAAACCCUCGGGUUUCGUCGUGGAGGUGAAUGUGGCCCUGCCAAAGCAGCGCAGAGACAUGGGCUACUUCGAUGCAGAGGAGGGAGAGAUUGUGACUGAGUGGCUGGCUGCCAUUGAAGGUUGGGUGAAAGCUUCCACGUGGCACCCUGGCGAUUUCGUGUGUGUACGCGAGGCGUUCUGUAGCGACUCCGAAGUGCAGGUGCCUCUGAAGCCUGGUCAGUACGGUCUUGUCGUCGAGGUGGAUGGAGACGGGGACACCAAAGUGGAUUUUCCUGGCAUGGAAUAUCGGCAAUGGGUCUUGGAAAAGAACCAGCACAAAAUUCGCCUGGAGAAAGACCUGGAACCCAAAGAAGUCUUCCUUGAAAUUGUUCCCCAAAAUGACGUCAUCAUGCACUGGGCCUUGCGGAUUGGCACUUCUCGUAUCUCCCGCUGCUAUGAGUUUGAAGCUGAUGGGGUCUGCAUGUCCUGGGAGACCUUGCUACACAAGGGCUACGACAUCACCAAGCAGCGUCUAGGUGUGGUGCGCAAGCCGCACCGGGAGAUCACCGCGUGGUGCAAACGCUUUGGAGCCGAGAACAGCUACAACGCCACGGGCAACGGACUCUUGGGAGGGAAGAACUGCCAGGACUUCGUCGUAGAACUAUGUGAAUUUUUGGGGAUCGACACGGAGCAGCUCCCAUACCGACAGGCAGAGAAGGUGAAGACCGUGUUGGGCGCCGGCGCGUUGGUGGCCGCUGAUGCGGCUCUAGGUAUGGGCCUCGUGGCCGGCGCCGUGGACAUGGGCGCCGCCGUGGGCACUGCCGCCAUGGCGGCCAUGGGCACCGCCGUGUCGGCUCCCGCGCUGAUGGCGGCGGCGGUGACGCUGGCGGGCGCGGGCACCGUGGUGGCCGGGGCAGGCAUGCUGGCCUCUGAGUUCGGAAUGAACGAUUCUGAGCCGAAGAAAGUUGAAUUGUGA